AUGGUGCAGGAGUGGUGUGUGAACGCUGCUCAAGAGGCGGUCAUCUCCCGGAAAGCCAUCAGUCAAGCAGAGCGCAUUGUGACCGAGGCCGACGAUCCGCGCUCCGAUAAGCGGUACUUCUACGACAGUGAUGCCCGACUCUGCCUUGUGUGCAACGCGCGUCUGGAGGGCAGCUACAGCACGCACAUCCACAGCGUCGACCACAUACCGCGCGUUGCACUAUUGAAGCGCACGAUUGGUAUGAUUCUCACGUUUCUUGAGCAGGCCACCUCAUCACCGUCGCUGCCGUCGGAGUCGGACCAGCCCAACUCGUCGGCUGAGAGCAAACGCUUCUUAAGGACAGUGUCAAGUCACACAGCAACGCCUGCCGCCCCAGCCCCUUCUUGCUUCCAUGCCUUGUAUGCUGAGUCGCCGCUGUUCGCUGAGGACGGCGUGCCAAGUCGCGCUCUUCUCUACAACCGUCCGCGCACACUGCGCGAGUUUGACCUGGUAGAUGUGAUCAUGCGACGCUGGUGGAACAACUUGCAUAAUCCACCACCUAGGCGGGGCAGUCUUUCCUUUGACCGUCUCCUCUCGCUUUCCUCGACUGAACUGCGGAUGCGGCGAUGGCGGGUGCGCUACCUACUCUACUUUCUCAAGUCGCGUGGGGUUCUUCGCUCUUGUCUCUCAGUGAGGUCUGACCAAGCGAAUGAGGCGCCGCCCCCCAACGAGCGUAUUCAUCGUGGUGAAGCCUUUGAGCGGCUCGAGAUGGUGGGCGACUUUUUCUUCAAGAGCCUCACCCCCGACCGAAUGCACACCGUCUUCCCGGCUGAUGAGGGUGGACUGACGGCUGAACUCCAGUACUUUGAGCGCGUUUUGGAUUCGAAUCACGGUCUGCUGGCCAUCUACGACUAUCUCGGUCUGGAUGACAUAGCCGGCUGCUUUCUAGCUAACAACAAGGCAAAGGCGGACGUUGUAGAGGCCGUCAUUGGUGAACUGAAGGUUCUGUUGUGGUCGACCGAGGUGGUGUGGGGCAUGGAGUACUACGCCCUACCUGGGGAGCGCGCCACGCAUGUCUACCUGCGAGCGUUGGUGGCGCACACCAUCGCCGAGCUGGGGCACACGGUGCUGAUGUGGCAGCUGGGGAGUACACUACGCAAUUGUCGCGACUUUAUUCUCAAGCACACCGUGGAGGAAUACUUGGGCGUCGAGAAACGGAACGAGCGUCGUGCAAAGAGGGGAGGUGACGAGUGCGACAUCGCCUCGGGCCUUCCCAAGUACGCACUGCUGCCGCCGUUGCUCGCGUGGGAUCGGCGCCGCCCGGACGUGUCGGUGCGGAGGUGUCAGGUGCCGUUCGCGGGGAAACUGUCUCGAAGCAGCAUACCGCCUUCUCCUCAAGACCCGCUUCGCAAACUCGCCCCGACUGCAAGCUGUAUUCCGGAGGCUAUUCGGCAUCACUACGCCGUCGGCCAAAAAAAGUGGAGUUCAAGCGCCUGUAAAACAGCCAUUCAAGCCCUAUGUGGCUCCCUCACACAAACUGCGCUGCAGCCUGACAGCGGUCACACCGCUGACGCUCUAUCGUCGAACCCAAAGUGUCCAUCUUUGCCCCUUUCUCCAGGACCGCAGCCGUCCCCAACCACGCUGGUGUGCGGGGACGUCCCUCGCAGUGUGCUACGAGCUUUGGUGGCUGCGAAUUGCGUGGUGAUUCGUAGCUCGUCCCCGCCCCUCGCUAGAACCACGUCGACUAGGAGGCUGGCCGGGUAG